GGCUGCGCGGGCCUCGGAUGCGCGGGCACGCGGGACGCCCAGCUGUCAAUCACGCGCAGGCUGAGUUCGGCGAGGCGGGAGCGGCGGCGGCGGCGGCGGCGGCGGCGGCGGCGGCGGCGGCGGCGAUGGGACCCCAGCGAGAGAUCUGCGGCUAACUGGCUGCAUUUGCUCCACGGGUCAGGGGAUCGCAAGGGGGCAGGUUUGAAGAAUGAGCCAUUAAAAGGAAAGGUCAAAGAGUAAACAACAAGAAGAGGAAGAGGAAAUUUUCAAAGCCAAGAAGGAUGAGUUCUUGCAGCAACGUCUGUGGGUCCAGGCAGGCACAGGCUGCUACAGAGGCCGGGCGCCAGCACUACGGAGUCCGGUCCUACCUGCACCAGUUUUAUGAAGACUGUACCACUUCCAUCUGGGAGUAUGAGGAUGAUUUCCAGAUCCAGAGAUCACCCAACAGGUGGAGCUCAGUAUUCUGGAAGGUCGGACUCAUCUCGGGCACAGUCUUCGUGAUUCUCGGUUUGACUGUCCUGGCAGUGGGCUUUCUUGUGCCCCCCAAAAUCGAAGCCUUUGGCGAGGCCAACUUCGUGGUGGUGGACACGCACGCUGUCCAGUUUAACGGAGCCCUUGACAUGUGCCAGCUGGCGGGUGCCGUGCUCUUCUGCAUCGGGGGCACGUCCAUGGCAGGGUGCCUGCUGAUGUCAGUGUUAGCAAAAAGCUACUCCAAAGAAGAGAAAUUCCUUCAGCAAAGGUUUAAAGAGCGAAUCGCAGACAUCAAGGCCCACACUCAGCCCAUUACAAGAGCUCCAGGCCCUGGAGAAACAAAGAUACCAGUCACUCUGUCCAGGGUUCACAAUGUCCAGCCCUUAGCGGCAACCUGAAAUCUUUUCCACCCAACCUCCCCUCUCUAAUUUACACCCAGUGUUGCAAGGGAGCAGGCCAGUUUGGAGAUGACAAGGCUUUGGCGUUGAUCUGCCCCAGAGCUGUGCUGGACAGUGGGCAGAGUGGUGACUGAGCUCAGGCUCAUUCCAUUCAGUGGCCCUGGGGACCCUUGAUGCAGUGGGUCAGCGUGGGCACAUGCACCCAGCUGCCUAAAGAGGUGCGGCUGGGUGCCCACCAGGAGCUCUCUGGAUCUCCUCUCUCACACAGUGUGACUUUGUGACAUUUCCCAUGUUCUUGGAAAGCACUCAACAGUUCAGACCAGCCUACCAAUGGCUAACGUGGUCCGUUUUACUUUCCUGCGUUGUUUUUCCUAAUUUUCUAACCUUUCCUGUGUGGUGCUGCCUUCUAUUCCUGGUCUCACUACAUGUAAGAUAUUGUCGUGUGUGUUCAUAGAAAAAUCAAAUUCCCUGAUUUUGACCCAAACAUUGGUCUUUUAGCUCUAAUGUAAUAUGAGUCCUUAAGAUCAGAAAUGGACAGGGAGGCCUGGCGUGCUGCAAUUCAUGGGGUCGCAAAGAGUCGGACACGACUGAGCGACUGAACAGAACUGAACUGAAGAUCAGAAACAAACUUUUCAGGAUUCUCCACAAACCUUUCUUUGUUUGUUUUGUUUUCUCCAGUUUUUUCCACUUAAAGAGCUCAAAUUGCCAACUUUUGAAUCUUGGGAAAGAAAUUACUAUUAGGAGAAUCUAUUUAUGCAGUGACCAAAAGCACUGAAAUAAAAGUCAAGAAAUUUGAGUUCCUAUUACUAACUAGCUGCGUGAUCUUGGGGAAAGCACCUAAGCUCCCAGGCCUCAGUUUCCCCAUCUGUAGAAUGGGGGUCCUGGUCUGUGAUGUCUUGUUUUGCCAUGUGUCGCUGUGUGUCCAUGACCGAGGAUGUUUACAGUGUUCCUGUGGCUCUUGCCACAGUGGGAUUCUUUCAGAUCUGGACUCCCAGAAACUUGCCAAGUCAGGAUCCUCCAUGCCACCUACUCCUAAAUAUCCAACCCCAGCAGUUUAUACAAUGCUGUCAUAUUUUUAUAGAGACAAAAGUAAGCCAUCCUCCACUAAGAAACCCCUGAGUAGAUAUAAACCUUAAGAGGGUUUUGUUUCUCGAAAAAGACACUUUCUUCUCCUGUAAAGUGUUCGCCUCAUCCCUUUGCACUUCUAUUUAAUCUGUGGAUUUAAAUUAGACUGAGGAAAACAGAACACGUGAGCUUGAUGCCCUCUCAGAACCUGUGCCACCUUCAAAUUCUGUCUUUUUGUUUUUUCCUUCCUUCACUGGAUAAAUAAAACAUGUGAACGAGCAGAA